CAGGACAUAAAAGGCACUUUCACGGCUGCUAGAAAGUGUGUUUGUAGCGUCGCGCCAACGUUUAAAUGUUUCGAUAACGGCCAUGGCAAACCAACUUAUCAGGCCGAAAUGCAUUUAACCUUUCUUCGGAGCUCAACAACCACCACGAUCCUAAGGGAUGAAAUGAUGAAAUAGGAACUUAUUUUAUCAUCUAGCUAUCCGCCAAUCGAGAUUACCCACAUACAGGAGAGAGUGAGAGUACCUCAAGAGUAAAAAACACUGAGAGCCUUACCUCCGCAACGAAGAUUAUUCCUGGAUCUCAUUUCCAGAGAUGGCAGCAUCGUCAGCCUCGACGAGUGCCAUCCAGCAGCGAGUCUGGCAGGGCCGGAUUCCGCUGCAAAUAGUUCUGUCGCCGUCGGAGUGCAGGAUAUAUGAUCAAUCCGAUCCAUACAUUAUAUCCAUUCCUCGACUCUCAUAUCUUCCUUUUAUUCUACCCAGGCUAUUUUCGUUUUUCUCGUCCUCUCUCAUCGACCCCGACGUUCAGGCCCAUGACGGCUGGUUUUCCUUUGAGGGUGUUCCGCUUAAAUGGCAUUAUCCAGUUGGUCUGCUGUAUGAUCUUUACGCUGGGGCAGAGCCUAUUACAUCCAAGUCCUUAUCGUCACCUGGCAGUGAGCGUGAGCACUAUGUUCGGGGCGGCACGCGUGAAAACAUAUCAGAGAGCGGAGCAGAAGGGGAAAAGGACGACGACCACGGCCACGACCACGAAUUCAAGCGUGACGCCCUGCCGUGGAGGCUGAUGGUCCAUUUCCACGACUGGCCGGAGCAAGAUCUCAUCCGGCUUGAUCCAGAGGGCAAAAUUCUACACGAUGCCUUUAUAAAUAGCGUCAAGGAGGCUGAUUGUCUACGGAACGGGACUGCGAAGCGCAUCAUGGCCCUCUCUAAAGAAGACUCAUCAGGAUUAUGGAAAAGUGUCGAAGAGCACAACCUCCCCGCCUACCACCGCAUCCACAACACCCUCCUCCUCCCCACCCCUCCCACACCCUUCCGCAACAUCCCCAUCCGUAUCUUCCUCCCCGCUCCACCAGACUCCCCAUCCCCUUCUCUGAAAGUCAUCCAGUCCCCGAUCCCACCGCUCAUACAGCCCACCGCAUCCCCGUCAUCCAGUAUCAGCAGCGCCUCCAGACAGAUGCAGCCGCAGGUCCAGACGAUCGGCACCGCGUUGAACUCUUUGCUUCCGAGCUUGUUUCCGAGUAAGCGAACGCCAAUGCUGGCGAAGCCGGUCCUGCAUGGGGCUGUAGUGCCGAUGAGUGCGCCGGUGGAGGAGGUGGUGAAGUGUGCAGGGUAUGCGGAUGGGUGGCUUGGGGUGGUUGUUUCAAUGGUAGGAUAGGGAGUUUGCAGGUGUUUUAAUGGGUUGAAAACUAGAUAGUCAUGAUAAGAUAGAUUGCUCGGCGUGUUUACUAGGCUCAAUCCCUUUGAUAACACACUGGAUGCUUAAGAACAA